AUGGAGGAGGAGAUGCAGGCGGCAGAGGAGGGGCCCAGCAUCCCCAAAAUCUACAAGCAGCGGAGCCCCUACAGCGUCCUCAAGACCUUCCCGGGGAAGCGGGCGGCGCUGGCCAAGCGCUACGAGAGACCCACCAUGGUGGAGGCGCCCCGCGGCCGCGCAGCGGGGCAGCCCUUCGCGCACGCCGCCGCCGAGCAGCUCCCCUACGCGCCGCACGGCCCCUUCCCCGGCGGGGCCGCCCGCGCCGCCGCCCCCGGCGCUGCCCACGGCCCCCCCCGGCCGCCGCCGCCGCCGGCCCCCAGCUCCGCGGGCCGCUACGGCCCCUGCCCGCCGGCGGCGGGGGGCGGCGGCACCAGCAGCGGGAGCGGCGCGGAGCUCAGCGCAGAGAGUCGUAUGAUUCUGGAUGCCUUUGCCCAGCAGUGCAGCCGAGUUCUGAGUCUUUUAAAUUGUGGUGGAAAACUACUGGACAACAAUCACUCUCAGUCCAUGAUUUCUUGUAUAAAGCAGGAAAAUCCAAAUUAUAGCGAAAGACAAGAGCAAUGUCAGCUUGGGAAAAUGGUUCAUAGUCAGACAUCAGACAUUUUAGACAUAGAGAUGCAGUAUAUGCAAAAGAAACAACAAACCUCAGCCUUUCUGAGAGUUUUUACUGAUUCCCUUCAGAACUAUUUGCUUUCUGGGAGCUUCGCUUCUCAGAACACCUCAUCGGUAAAUGAUUUUACCCAUUUGGCAGAUGUGGAUCCGCUUUCAACCUCUCCAGUACACACUUUAGGUGGAUGGACAUCUCCAGCAACUUCUGAAUCUCAUGGCCACCCAUCAUCUUCUACACUUCCAGAAGAGGAAGAGGAGGAAGAGGAAGAAGGUUACUGCCCUCGCUGUCAAGAGCUAGAGCAGGAGGUAAUUUCAUUGCAACAAGAAAAUGAGGAACUUCGUAGAAAAUUGGAGAGCAUUCCAGUGCCCUGCCAGACUGUUUUAGAUUAUUUGAAGACUGUACUUCAGCAUCACAACCAACUUACGAUACCACAGCCAGCAGACCAUCCGACCGAGGGGAGCAAGCAGUUGCUGAACAACUAUCCUGUCUACAUCACUAGUAAACAGUGGGAUGAGGCUGUAAAUUCUUCAAAGAAAGAUGGAAGACGGCUACUUCGCUAUCUCAUCAGAUUUGUUUUCACAACCGAUGAGCUUAAGUACUCAUGCGGCCUUGGAAAAAGGAAAAGGUCAGUGCAGUCAGGAGAGACAGGUCCUGAAAGACGUCCUCUGGAUCCAGUAAAAGUAACAUGUCUCAGAGAGUUCAUUAGGAUGCACUGUACUUCCAACCCUGACUGGUGGAUGCCCUCCGAAGAACAAAUAAACAAGGUAUUCAGUGACGCGGUGGGACACGCUCGGCAAGGGCGCGCAGUGGGGACUUUCCUUCACAAUGGGAACUCAUAUUAUGAAGGGACUGACCAUCCGGGAUCACAGGACGAGGUCUUCAAUAGAGGUAUGCAGGAUGGAUCUGGCGAUUGA